UCCCUUUCCCACAUUUUCCUCCAAAACCCGCUAUUUUUUUGUCGUUUUUCUUCCAAAACCCGCUAUUUUUUUGUCGUUUUUCCUCCAAAACCCGCUAUUUUUUUUUAUUUUCCGCUAUUUUCCCCACUUUUUUUCCAAACCGCCGUGCAUGCGAGGGUCAUGAGCUCGUACUUCGUGAACCCCCUGUUCUCCAAGUACAAAAGCGGCGAUUCCCUGGAGCCGCCCUACUACGAUUGUCGCUUCCCGCAGAGCGUCAGCCGCAGCCACGCUCUGGUUUACGGCCCCGGCGCCGCCACCGCCACUUUCCAGCACCCAUCGCACCCUUCCCACCACGUCCAGGAAUUUUUCCACCCYGGAACCACCUCGGGAAUCUCCAAUUCUGGCUACCAGCAGAACCCGUGCGCUCUGGCGUGUCACGGAGACGCUUCCAAGUUCUAUGGAUACGAAGCUCUGCCGCGACARUCGCUGUACGGAGCGCAGCAAGAGGCGGCCGUGGUUCAAUAUCCCGACUGUAAAUCGUCGGCCAACACUAACUCUGCCGAGGGACAAGGGCACUUAAAUCAAAACUCGUCUCCCAGUCUCAUGUUCCCAUGGAUGAGACCUCACGGUUAGGCGCUUGCUUCUUU